UGUAACUGGCAAAAGUAAAUUCCCGAUAUCGUUAACUGGUAUAUCGCUAGCAAAGCAUGAUAAAAGCGAAGAACGAAUUCUGCCUCCACCGCUGCACCGAAAUCAAGUCGAUGAAAUUCCGAAUGUCCAACUCAGAAUGAGAAACUGCACAAAACAAACACCUUGCUCAAAAACAGGAGAAACCACAGAGAGAGGGAGAGAGGAGCCACCGAUAAAACCAAGCACAUCGUCUCACCCCUUGACUUCAGCACCUCUGUUGAAUGUUGUACAUCCUCCGGUUGUUGAUAAUGCGAAAGUCCAGGAAUACAGCUCAGUUCGCGGCAGAUCCUUUCGGCGGAUACUCCUUCCCCUCCUUUUCGACCUUGGGUGCACAAACACACCAUUCAGCCUCUGGAACAGACUCGAAUACCAUGGGGACAUGAAGGCCGCAUCCCCACCAGGUGGUUUUUUCUAUAAUUGGCAAGUUGAGCAAGUUGCCUUUCUGCACAUUGUGAUGUUGAAUCGUUGGGGGUGGCCUUUGGAGUUGGCCCUGGAUGAAUCAGUGUUCAAAUGCUCAUGUGAUGCUGGCGAAACGUCAGGCACAGGGGCUCUGGCCUGCAAGACGAGCAAAGGCUGUGUGUGGAGGGAGAAUUCGGCGAUGCAGGGCAGGGAGACGCUCUCGUAAUAAUAAUAGCAGCAGCAGAGUUCUAGGCUGAGGCCAAGGCGCUGUGCGGGGAAAUUUGCAUUCCCAGAGAUAAGGAGCAAAAUUAGCAUUCUGUUCCCCUCAUCGGCUCAGGCUCUCCCUACAGACAGCCCUUUCGCAGGCGAUAAGACCCAUAAAAGCACGGAAAACACACCACUCACACUGUUUGCCGCGGAGAAGAGUGAGCAUCUGC